UAUCUAUCCAUCACCGUCGUCUUUAAUUGGUGAAGAUGGCGUUGGACAUGGGUAUUCAAGUGAAUGGCAGCAAUGCGCUGACAUCAUCCUUUACUGCUAAGAAAAAGGAUGCUGGAAAUGCUGAGAAAGAAAAUCUUUGGUCUUCAAUAUUGAGUGAAGUACAAAAACAAGGCAGCACAAAACUUCCUUCAAAUAAAUCUGUAUUAGUAUUGGGUGAUAAUGCCACCGGUAAAACUACAUUGGUGGCUAAAUUGCAGGGUGUGGAAAAUCCUAAAAAAGGUUCCGGUCUAGAAUAUGCCUACAUAGAUGUUAAAGAUGAAUACAGAGAUGAUAUGACGCGUUUAAGUGUUUGGGUCUUAGAUGGUGAUCCAGGCCAUAAAAAUUUAUUGCAUUUUGCUUUAAAUGAAACCAAUUAUGCACACACAUUGGUUAUACUCACAGUAUCUAUGACUCAACCAUGGUAUUGGUUGGAACAACUCAACCAUUGGAUAAAGGUUCUAUCUGAUCAUAUUGAAACUUUGAAAUUAGAACCUGAAGAGAAACAAGAAGCCCGCCAGCGUUUAAUAACAUCUUGGCAAAGUUAUUGUGAAGUUGGAGAUGAUUUAGAUCCUGGUUCGCCGGUAAAACGCACGAUGAGAAAUAAUUCCAUAGAUGAUGAUGAUUUGUUACCGCUUACUGAAGGAGCAUUACUAACCAAUCUUGGUUUGGACAUUGUAGUCGUUGUAACAAAGACUGACUACAUGACAACAUUGGAAAAAGAAUACGAUUAUCGGGAUGAACAUUAUGAUUUUAUUCAACAAUGGAUAAGACGUUUCUGUUUACAGCAUGGCACAUCACUUUUUUACACAAGUGUUAAAGAAGACAAAAACUGUGAUCUCCUCUAUAAAUAUUUAACACAUCGAAUCUAUGGUCUACCAUUCCGAACUCCUGCCCUAGUCGUUGAAAAAGAUGCGGUUUUAAUUCCUGCCGGUUGGGAUAGCUUAAAGAAAAUAAGUAUUUUAUAUGAGAAUAUGCAUUCUUGUAAAGCUGAGGAUUACUAUACCGAUAUUAUAACAGCACCGCCUUCUAGAAAAGCUGUAUCAAAUCGUGAAAUUGAAAUUCAAACUGAAGACGAACAAACAUUUUUGGGACGACAACAAGAAGUCCUUAAGGCCGGCGGUCAAGUACGUAGUGAAUCACCUUUACGUUCCCAGGCUAGUAAAGCUUUGCCUCGUACCCCAGGUUCUGCUAAUCAGAACUCACCAACUAGAAAGCUUGAUGUUAAAAUGAACCCUGCUACUCCUGGAGGUGAGGGAGUUCUGGCGAAUUUCUUUAAUUCAUUGUUGCACAAAAAAUCUGGAUCACCAGCAACUCCCCCUGGUGCCAUGAGUACACCUAGAACCAAUGGUUCUGAUAGUAUGCUGACUCCUGAUAAAUUAUCUGUGCGCACGGAUGCUGCCGCAGAAUUGGAUCGUUUAGCGAGGAGUGUAAAGAAAGAUGUAGAUUUCUCGCAAAGCGAAUGUUAAAUAAAAGGCGACGUCACUCUACCACAACAACAGAGGCACUAAUUUCAGAUAAUCGUAUAAACUGUAAUAAUUCAAAUUAGUAAAAAAAAUAUAAAUAUACUAUCGAAAUUGAAUUUGAAUAUAUAUGCAUAGACUUUUAAAGACCGAAGGGAAAAUGCUAAAAAAAUACUAAAAUCAUUAAGGCCUUUCAUCAUCCUCUUUAUAAUUUUAAACUUUAGUAAACACUAGAGUAAUUAUAAUUAUUAUAAACAAAUGUUAAAAGAAUGAAAUUGUUUUUUAUAUAUAAACAUUAUUUUCUAUAUCUGCCCUCCAUAUAACAAUUAUGUUUGCUUCAGUAAAAAAAAAAAAUAAUCCAAUUUUAAAGUUGUGCUCAUUUUUUAAAUAUAUUAAAUAUUUUAUUUUUUAAUUUUUUUUUAAUAAUCAAUGAAAAUAUCAAGUACUGUACACAACUUUAUAAUAAAAAACAACAAAAGGGGAUCAACUCUUUUUAAACCACUUUGUUAAUAAUCUGGCUUAAUAAUUAAAAGUAUUUUUUAAAUAGACAUUCAAUUGUGUGUUUUUUUAAUUUGAUUUAGUUGCUCAAAGAUUUAUAUGUUUAAUGAAACACGAAAUAUAAUGUAACCAUCGUAGAUUUAUCGUUUAAACAAAAGACACUCCAUAAUCUGUAAAAUAUAUAAAAGAAAAUUAAAAUGAUAAUAAUAAUCCCUAAAAAUCCUUACAUAAUAAAAUAAAUAAUCAUUUUUAACUGUUUUAUUUUAUUUAACAAAAAUAUACAAUAAUUAACAGUUAUGGCGUCAUUUUUAUCAGCAGCAAAUACACGCAUUUCUUUUAAUUUUUAUUAAAAAAUAAAUUGAAAUGUGUGUUUACAACAAAAUCUUUAAGUAAAACGCAACAUUUUUUAAUUAACUUAAAAUAACCAAACCUUUUACUUAUGUAAUUGUUUGAGAUUUUAAUUUUACUUUUUCUAAAUUUAUUUUAAAUACUACUAUCGUAUAAUUAAAAAGAGUCCAAGGCCUUAUUUUACGUUAAGAUGUGUGUUAAAGUGCAAGUAACGAAUGAAAUCCACUUUAACAUUUAAUGUAAAAACUACACAUAUAUAUACAUAUAUUUUUUUAUUUAUUUUUCUAAUUUUAGUUUCUUUAACAAUAAAGAAAAGUUUGCUUUACUUUUUGUUUUAAGUAAAUUUUUUGCGUGUUCUCUUUAUAAAGUAUAAAAAUGUUUAUGAAUACAUAUUUGCAAAACUAACUAAAACAAUUAAUUAUUUAUAUAAAUUAAUUAAGUAAUUAAUAUACAUAUUAACUUAAUCUCCUCUUGCUAACAACUUAACAAAAAUUAAUUCAAAUUUUCCUCUUAAGUCACAUUAAACUAAAAAUUUUAGUUAAUUUUUAUUAAAUUGUUAGAAAAAAAAACAACAGAUAAUGCUCGUUUCUUAAAGAAUAUUCAAACAAGAAUAAUUAAAUGUAAAAACCACUAAAAAAAUAUCAAUAAAAUUUUGAAAAUUUAUGGAAACAUUUAAAACAAA